UCCACCAAGUCGAAGCCAACCGCCUUAAUUACCGCCUAAACAAAGCCUACGCGAAAGCCUGCGCCCGCGCCGAGAAAAAGGGCCGGCCUCCGCCCAAAAGGGACGACGAUGUCUACUACGACCACUGGGGCUACCCGUAUCUGUACACCGCGCCGUAUGUGUAUCCGCUCUGGUGGACGCCGGGGAUGUACUGUGGCUAUUCUCCUGGCUACUUGCCCGAGGGGGGUUCCUCGGAGGGGUAUUACUGGGCGGAUUGUGCGGCGGGGACGUGUGGUGGGGGUGUUGCUGCUGGGGCUUGUGGGGGGCCGGGUGGAUGUGGUGGUGCAGGUACAGGAGGUGUGGGCGUUGCGGGUGGGUGUGCGAGCGGCGGCAGUGGUGCGGAUGGUGGUGGAGGAAGCGGCUGCGGCGGUGGGGGCGGCGGAGGCGGUGGGUGCGGUGGUGGCGGCGGUGGUGGAUGCGGUGGUUAGUCCGGAGGACUGCGCGGUUCAGGGCAUUUUGGAUGAGUUGUGUUGGUUGGAAGCAGGCUAUUCAUUAUUGGCAUACAAUCUUGCAUCGUGUCCUCUCGCCGCUGCUGACAUUCGCGUGCUUGGCAAUUUGGCUGGGGCUGUGCUCGUCGAUCACUGACAAACUGUAGAUGACCUACUGGUACCUUGUAGAUGGGCCAAGGGAUACGAUACGGUGUGGAACAGCACAAGUUUCUAGUUCAAGACUCCGGCUCAAACACAGGAAAAGACAACCGGCCGAGGAGUCACAAGUCGUUACGAUAACGAAGACGGUGUGGGCAGCGGCUUUCUACAAACCACCAGCGCAAAGCAAGCUUCAAACUGAAGCGGUGAGGAAAACCUGCUUGCUGAUAUCGCCGAACCAACCGUCUGUUUCCUCCAGUAGUCCGGUUUCAGGGGGUGCAGCUGAACGUAGCACUUACCUAGCCGCUGUCU